AUGAGGAUGCCAGGAAUUGACAAAACGCUUACCAGUGUCAGAAACCGCCCCGCCUUGCUAAGCAUGGCCUCCGAGGGCAGGGUGUACAGAUCCCGAGCUAGGUCAGGGUGGAGCACUCCUCGAAGAAAGGCGGCCGAGGGAUCUCCCCCGGCCCACACUUUGUCCCCUCGGGACAGCCCUUUCCAGCGGGCGACUAGUGGGUCGGAGGCCUCCCCCGAGGGAAGCUCGCCCAUCACCAGCGACCAUAGGGGCUCGUCGGCCCCCUCACUCUCUAGCAGCAUUGAAGGGGGAGCAAAAUGGUUGGUCAAUAAGUUAAAAGGAAAGAUGCAGAAAUCAUUGCCUGAACUGCUGAGGGAAUACGACAUGCCAAUAGGCCUCUUUCCACAAGACGCCACUCACUACGAAUUUAACGAAGAGACGGGGAAGCUUACUGUUUUCAUACCCUCCAUAUGCGAGGUGGGUUACAGGGAUUCCUCGGUCUUGCGAUUUUUAAACAUCGUGACUGGGUAUCUGGAGAAAGGAAAGCUAGUUGACAUAGAAGGAAUCAAGACCAAAGUGCUGAUUUGGUCGAAAGUAACUCGCAUCUCCACGGAAGGAUCCAAAAUCCAUUUCACCACUGGAGUGAAGAAAACCCGGAGUCGCGAUGCAUAUCAGGUGCUCAGAGCUGGUAUCACUGUGGAUAAAUUUUAGGUUGCUUUGAGAUGGUAAAUUACUGUGUGUGGAAGCUACCAAUGUCAGCUAAGAUGUCAUCAUUUACAUGAUGUUAUCCUGUUAAUCUCUAAACCCUGCACUUCAAGAUGCUUCUCUAUUGUUUUCUUUUUCUUAGUAUGUCAAUGUGCUUGUAAUUAAAGGCACCAUUUCUUAUCAGCUUUAUGCAGCUUACAAACUGUUCCAAUGUUGCA